CCGUGGUUUUGGGUUUUAUUUAUUCUGUGCCCUGUCCGACCGGCGACCACAUGUUAUACAGUAUUACAGUCUUUUACAGUUCAGUAUUCUAUGGUUCUACAAUAUGACUACAUCUACAGUCGUCAGUCACAGUGUAGGCCGUGUGUAGCAACUGGCAGACGGCAGUGACGUCCUGUAGUGCAGUGGUAUUUGUUAAUUGUUUAGCUAAUUAGCUCUGCUUUCAUGACUUUUUAAACAAUAAAAAUCUUAUUUUUAUAUUCGAAAUUUACUGUUAUUACUUUUUAAUUAUUCUAUUAUUGUAUUAAUUUAAUUUGUCAUGUUUAUACUUAAUUUAUUUUUAUCAAGUUGUAUGUUACAGUGUGACUAAAUCGUCAUAUUUUUCUGUGAUAAGUACUACAAUCUUGGUAUUUGAAUUUUUCAUAGUUUUAUAGUUACAUAGUUGAAUUCUGUGGUUGUUUGAAGCGUUUUUACUUGUUUUAAAAUUUAAUAUUUCCAUUUAACAAUGACUUUGGUAGAUUUUAAUGACGUUGUAUUACCGGGCAAUGACGUCUCCGAUAUAGUUUUCAAAGGAGACACUUGUAAAAGAAGUGAAAAAACUAUUGGUCCUGGAUUGAAGAGUGCCAACAACAAAAUAAUCGUAUGUAACGGUGGAGUACUGAGAAGUAAAGAUGACAAAUACUUUUGGAUAGAAUUUUCAAAAAAAAAAUACUCACCAGCGAAAGAUGAUGUCGUAGUAGGAAUAGUGGCUGCUAAAACAUCUGAAAUGUAUAAAGUCGAUAUUGGAGCUUCUGAACUAGCUACUCUUCCCUAUUUAGCAUUUACAAACGCUACUAAAAAAAAUAGACCUGAGAUUAAAGUGGGGAAUGUUGUAGCUGCAAAGGUUAAAGUGGCAACACCAUUCAUGGAAUCUGAGAUCAGUUGUGUAGAAUAUGCCAACAGCAUUAUUCUAGGUCAGUUAGAAAAUGGUUUUUUGUUUAAUGUUAGUUUAAAUUAUGCAUUAAGACUAAGGAAAUCAAGUUCAAAAUUACUUUAUCAUCUUGGACAAAUGGUACCUUAUGAAAUUGUCAUUGGGGUAAAUGGAAAGAUUUGGAUUAAUAGUGCAUCAAUACGUACAACCAUCGCUAUAGGAAAUGCUGUAAUGAAGGCAGAACAUCUAGAAGAAGAAGAUAUUCCUCAGUUAGUAAAAAAUUUUAAUAAAAGUUUAAAUGUUUAAAGAUGUAUUUAUUAACUAAUUUUUAUUGUAAAUUUACCGUUUGAUCAAUAUAAUAUAUUUUUUUUAAAAGA